ACACUGUAGUCGUGCAGGCCAAAAGAAAGCUUUAUAUUGGGAAUUCACUGUCAGCUCUGUUUCUUUGGCUGGGUUAUGUUGGUUUCAGUUUGGACAUUACUUCCUGGAGCCCGAAACUUUGGUGCAGAUGCAGCAGGACCCACUGGUUUGGUGAGAUUACAGCCCUACACCUCCCUCGAGCCAUGGAGCCCUGGGUUUAAAUGACCACAAAAUGAAGCUUCUACGACUCCUGAUUUUCCAUCCAGCUCCAGUGCUCUCCGUGUUAGCCAUGCGUCCUCCUGCUGCCGAUAUCCCAGCAGCUUCCCAUGAGAUGGAGAUGAGCCGAGGAACUUCUGCCGUGUCUGUGUGUGCCCCAUCAGCCUCCACUGCCUGAUUCACCAUCAGCUGCUCGUCACUGUGAUUGUCAAUAUUUGCAUCCAGACAUGGCCACUGUUCCUCCUGGGAUCCGCCUACUGGUGUCCUUCAACAGGGACCAGUGGUACAGAGCUCUUACAUUCAUCCUCACCUUCCUGCUCUACACCAGCUUCCACCUCUCCAGGAAACCCAUCAGUAUCGUCAAGAGCGAGCUCCAUAAGAACUGCUCAUCUGUCAGUGAGCUGGCCACCAUCGCCUCCUCCUCCUCCUCCUCCUCCUCCUCCAGCAGCAGCCAGCAGCCCCCCUUGCCAUCUCUCCAUGCAGACAUGGACUGUAGCUGGAAGCCUUUUGAUAAGAGGAACUACAGGCAGCUGCUGGGAGCCAUGGACUACUCCUUCCUGUGUGCCUACGCAGUGGGAAUGUACCUCAGCGGCAUCAUCGGGGAGCGCCUGCCCAUUCGACUGUACCUCACAGUGGGCAUGCUGACCAGUGGGCUGUUCACCUGCCUGUUUGGACUGGGUUAUGUCUACAAUAUCCACAACCUGGGCUUCUAUAUAUUUGUCCAGGUGGCCAAUGGCCUGGUCCAAACCACUGGCUGGCCCAGUGUGGUGACCUGCAUCGGCAACUGGUUUGGGAAAGGAAGGCGAGGACUCAUCAUGGGGCUGUGGAACUCUCACACCUCAGUGGGAAACAUCCUGGGCUCUCUAAUCGCCGGCUACUGGGUUUCCUCCAACUGGGGCCUGUCUUUCAUUGUACCGGGGCUCAUCAUCGCUUUCAUGGGCGUCGUCUGUUUCCUCUUCCUCAUUGAACAUCCAAAUGACCUGAAAAGCAUGUAUGCUCAAAAUAUUUCUCCAGGCAAGAGCCAGGUUCCAGCCAAGAGUUGGAAUGGUGUAAAUGGACACACUGAGGUGUAUCUACAAUACAAGGACAACAAAACCCAGGCAUACUACUAUUACGAGGAUAGUGUUCAAUACAGGAAGAGUUACGACACAGAGCUGCUCUUACCCCGGGACAGUGUGUGUGUCCCUACACAGCCGGUCGUGGUGGUAAAGAGGGAAUCGGAGCCGUCCGCCAUCAGCUUCAUGGGAGCUCUACGCAUACCAGGAGUGAUCGAGUUCUCUCUGUGUCUGCUGUUUGCCAAGCUGGUCAGCUACACCUUUCUCUUCUGGCUGCCGCUCUACAUCACCAAAGCGGCUCACUUAGAUGCCAAGAAGGCAGGAGAUCUCUCCACCCUGUUUGAUGUGGGAGGAAUAGUAGGUGGGAUCUUGGCAGGAGUGAUCUCUGACAAACUGGGGAAGAGAGCCACCACCUGUGCGGUUAUGUUGCUGCUGGCUGCUCCCACACUGUAUGGCUUCUCCAUGAUCAGUGAGUUUGGUUUGGGACCCACCAUCGGCAUGCUGUUAGUGUGUGGUGGCCUGGUCAAUGGACCAUACUCCCUCAUCACAACCGCGGUGUCUGCUGAUUUGGGGACCCACAAGAGCCUGAAAGGCAAUGCCAGAGCAUUGUCUACUGUCACAGCCAUCAUCGAUGGCACAGGAUCUGUAGGUGCAGCGCUGGGCCCUCUGCUGGCUGGGCUGCUGUCUGCAGGCGGCUGGGAUCAGGUCUUCUACAUGCUGAUGACUGCUGACUUCCUCGCUCUGCUGCUUUUGCUACGGCUUGUGACAAAGGAGCUGACCUCAUCUAAAUCCCGUCCCAUCUCGGCUGUAGAGCUGAAGGAGCACUGAGCACUUUGAUUGCACUGCCUCUUCAUAGGAGCACACACGCACACACACACACACACACACACACACACACACACACACACACACACACACACACACA